UCAAGCAUAUAAACGAUAAAAUUGAAUAAAGGGUGGUGAGAGAUGCUUCAGUGUCACGGGUCAAAAUAUGACUAAACUCAAACACACCCACUUACUGUACUUGCAAAUAAUCGAAUUUAACAUGUCUUAGAUAGAUUUACAGACACACAUCCCGAAUCUCUCUCCACUCUCUCCCAAACCCAAAUAUAUUAUUGAAUGCUUGUCUGAAAUGUGGUUGCUUUACUGCUUUUCAUUCACACCCUCUGUCUAGAAACCCUCUCUCUCUUUCUCUCUCUGUAUCAAGAAAGUUGUUUAGUUUGGUUUGGACCGUUGGGUUUUAAAUGGAAGCUCUGGAGUGAGAUUGGUUUGGUUUUGUUUGAAUCUUGAAGAUGUGCAGGCUCUUCUUGCUGUUGUUUGCUUUGUUUUCAGCUAUUCCACCUUCAUUUAGCAGACACCAUGGACCCUAUGCUUUGCGAAUAAGUUGUGGAGCUCGUGACGAUGUCCACAUUCCCCCCAAGAAUACAAAAUGGCAUAAAGAUAUUGCAUACACAGGAGGAAUAAAUACUAAUGCAACACUCCCAAGUUCCAUUUCACCAGCCCUUACCACACUUCGCUAUUUUCCCUUAUCUGAGGGUCCUGAAAAUUGCUACAGUAUCAGCAAAGUACCCAAAGGUCACUAUUUUGUGAGAGUCUUUUUUGGAUUGGUAAAAGAACCCAGUUUUGAUAGCGAACCUUUGUUCGAUGUGUCUAUUGAGGGAACCCUAAUCUAUUCUUUGCCAUCUGGUUGGAGCAAUCAUGAUGACGAGCAGACUUUUGUUGAAGCUCUUUUAUAUCUUCCUGAUUACUCAGCUUCUCUAUGCUUCCAUAGCACUGGUCAUGGAGAUCCUGCUGUACUCGCAAUUGAAAUUCUUCAGGUUGAUAAUAAAGCAUACAAUUAUGGUCCGCAGUUUGGCCGGGUAACAAUGUUACGAACUGGCAAAAGACUGAGCUGUGGUGCUCAGAAACCAAAAUUCGAUGCCGACAUAAAUGGGGAUCGCUGGGGUGGUAAUCGAUUCUGGAAUUCUUUUAGUUCUUUUGGUCAACAUUCUGAUCGUGCCAUAUCGACCAACAGUAGCAUCAAACAAGCUUCAAAUGCACCCAACUCCUUUCCAGAAGCUUUAUAUCAAACUGCUAUUGUUAGUACAAAUCAAUCUGAUUUAUCAUAUACAAUGGAUGUGGAUCCCGGCAGAAAUUACUCCAUUUGGUUGCACUUUGCUGAGAUUGAUCCUUCAAUCAAGUCAUCAGGACAGAGGAUUUUUAAUAUUGAGAUAAAUGGCAAUAUAUUAUUUAAAGAUGUUGACAUUGUAAACAUGACUGGUGACAUUCACAGCGCUCUUGUACUGAACACAACCGUUGCUGUUGUUGGAAGGAGUUUGAGAAUAAUUUUACGCCCGACAAAAGGCAGUCAUGCAAUAAUCAGUGGUAUUGAAAUCUUUGAGGUCAUCUUGGCUGAGUCCAAGACCAUGUUAGAAGAAGUUAGGGCCUUGCAGGCGCUGAAGAGUGCAAUGGGCCUUCCACGUCGUCUUGGGUGGAAUGGUGAUCCCUGUGUUCCACAACUGCAUCCAUGGAGCGGAGCAGAUUGCCAGUUUGAUGAAGAAAGCAGCAAAUGGGUCAUUGAUGGACUUGGACUUGACAAUCAAGGCUUGAGGGGUUCCUUACCACAUGACAUGUCUCGGCUGCAACAUUUACAAAAUAUAAAUUUGAGUGGGAAUAGCAUCCACGGGACUAUCCCUUCUUCACUUGGAGCUGUUACCAGCCUGGAAGUACUAGAUCUGUCGUACAAUUUUCUCAAUGGAUCGAUUCCUGAAAGUCUCGGACAACUGACAUCAUUGCGCAGACUGAAUCUUAAUGGCAACUCCCUCCAUGGAAAAGUCCCAGCUGCUUUAGGAGGAAGGCUUUUGCACAGAGCUAGCUUUAAUUUUACAGAUAAUGCUGGUCUAUGUGGAAUACCCGGGCUGCCAAAAUGUGGGACCCAUCUGUCCAUCGGAGGAAAAAUCGGCAUUGGGCUAGGAGCAUGUGCUGCACUCAUGCUCUUGCUCAUCUGCUCAACAUGUUGGUGGAAGAGACGGCAGAAUAUUCUCCGAACUCAAAGAAUUGCAGCAAGAGAGGCUCCUUAUGCAAAAGCAAGAACGCAGUCUCUCCGUGAUGUGCAGAUGAUAAGGAAUCAAAGCCUUGGUCAUACUAGGACUGCUUCCGAGAACGGACCACCCUUGCUAUCCUGAGUACUGCUCCAACAAACUCCAGAUGCUUGCACCUGUGGAACGCGAAAGGCUACCGAUCCUUGUAUCCCGCUUGCUGAUGUAGGUUGAUAAUUUCCUCUUAUUCCAUCUUGGGGUUUCCUUUGUCAAAAGCAUCUUGUUAUUAGUCUCAUAUCACAAUCAUGUAGUAUUUCAGAAUCUUGUACAUUAUCCUCAUCCCCUCCUGUUUAGUUUUAUCCAAAACUUAGCAACAUUUGGAUAGAUAUCAAUACUAAAAUGUGCAGUUACACAUGUACCCCGAAUCUGUACUUGAGCUAUUCACUUUAUUCUUUAAUAAUCUUUGCAUGGGCUGUCUAACUUAA